AUGUAUAAAACAAAGUUCAAAUCCAUAAAAAAUAUUAAAAGUACGAAAUGUGGCUCUCGCUGCUCAUCACAUCCUAUCGAGCUUACAAAAUCUACCCUUGUACAUCUUCACAGUGGAUCAGCACACGAAAGCUUAUUACCGACGCUGGAGGCCUGCGGACGAUUUUUAUGUUGCGGUAGCAGAAAAGGCAGUACUUGUAAGGAAAACGAGCCUCCACAAGCAAGAGUCAGAAGGGGUGCUAGAGGUCCUACCCUUGGAGAGGCCUCAGGGUCCGAACAUGAGGGAAAUGGAAUUUUGGGAACUGUACCCAUCAGUCCGAGUCCGGCCUCCACCUCAUCGCAAGAGGAUUCUUGCAAACCACCCCCGAGAAACUGUUAUCGACUUGUUAUCUUGGGUAGUGCCCGUGUCGGCAAGACUGCCGUUGUAGCAAGAUUCCUGUCAAACAAAUUCGAAGAGAGUUAUACACCAACAAUCGAAGACUUCCAUCGUAAGUUAUACAGAAUUAGAGGAGAAGUUUAUCAAUUAGAUCUUUUGGACACUAGCGGAAAUCAUCCAUUUCCAGCCAUGCGAAGACUCUCUUUUUUAACUGGAGAUUUAUUUGUGGUCGUCUUUAGCAUGGACUGUCGAGAAACUUUUGAAGAAGCAGUAAGAUUAAGAGAAGCGAUUCUUGAAACAAAAAAAAGUGCAACGCAUGGGGCCACAAAGAAUAGAAAUAAGAAUCACAACACCCUCAAAGUUCCCAUGGUCCUUGCUGGGAAUAAAUGUGAUCGAGACAUAAAAUCCGUCACCGUUGAAGAAGCACAGCAAUACUGUGCUAGUCAAGAUGACUGCUGUGUCUUUGUAGAAGUUUCAGCAAAAAGAAACUACCAUGUAGAUGAUCUUUUCUACCAUUUAUUUAUAGUAGCGGGCUUGCCAUUGGAAAUGGCACCCAAUCAUCAUCGAAAAGUACCUUUAACAUUUGGAUCCCCGACAAUGUUACCUCCAUCUCAGCCAAAACACAAAUCUACACUUAGUAUUAAGCGACGUUUGAGUGAUGCAUGCGGAGUCGUUGCGCCCAAUGUUCGACGUCCAAGUAUUAGAACGGAUCUGAUGAUUAUGCGAACAAAAACCUGUGCGUUAGUCACAGGCACUGAAAAUAAUCCAGGGUCACGAAUCACUUUGCGAUCUGCAGAUUCUGGAAAAAUGUGUUGCAUUCAGUAACAAUAACUUUGUAAAUUAAUGAAGAUAGAAAAAUUAGUUGUACAUUUUUCAAUUUCUCAAUUCAGGUGCGUUUGGAAAUGAUAAAAUUAACUUAGAUUACAUGCAGUUGAAGGUAUUCUACAACAUCUGCCCAGCGAGGAGAAGAUCCCGACCGAAGUAGAUGUUGCGCUUACACCUCAAUUUCUUCUGAAAAGCAGGAGUAAUCUGGUGUUGUGGUAAAUUCACGUGGUCAUCUCUUGUUCUAAUAACGAAGCCUGAAGAAAUGGAAGUGCAACAUCUGCUUUAGUCGGGAAUUUUUCCUUGCCGGACAGGCCUGCUCCGCUGCAGUGCAUUCGUUUGUUAAUUACAACCAGGCUGAGAUGGCAUAGAAGUCUUUCAGUCUGGUUGUAAUUUAAAAAAAAACGAUCUUGUGCAUUGUUGUAUAGCAGUUGUGCCCAGCGAGGAGAAAUCACCGACCGAAGCAAAUGUUGCACUUAGUCUUACAUUUAUUCUGAAGAGCAGAAGUCAGCUGGAUAGUGAUAAAGACAAUAGUGAUGACGGAUAGUGGCCUAGAAGAGAUGGAGUUCAAUAUCUGCUUCGGUCGGAAAUUUCUCCUCGCUGGGCAGGCCUACUCGACAAGAAUGGAUUAGAUCGUUUUCUGUAGCUAGGCUGAGAUGCCAUGGAGACCCAUCCUCCCGACUUUUUCAGGGUAGUCGGGCUUUCCCAUUUUUUUUUUUUAAAGAAGAAGAAGAACGCAUUACAUAUUAUUUUUUGUAU